UCAGGAAUAUAGGAUGUGGUUAAUCAUUGGUUUAACUUGCCUAGCUUGCACAACUUGCUUGCACAACUUGUUUAGCUUGCACAAGCACAUGGUAAUCAUAAGAUCUUAGCACACUUUAUAGGGGAAGAGCCAGGGCUCUCCUACCAAAUUUGGAAUUACGUCAAAAGACGUAGCCGAGGAAGACUACCAAGAUCUUCAUCCUCGACCACCAGGAGGCAGAAGACCACCCCCUAGCAACAACAGACGCAAGCGCAGAGUACUUCAAAGUGACAUGUCAGUCCGGAAGCACAAGGGACUUAAAAAGGGGGUCACUGGGGGAUGAGGGCGCGGCAGUUGGUGGAGCGGAAACUCCCCUGUCGCCCAGCGCUGAAUCUUUUGCUUAUGCUGUAUGCAAUGAAUUAAUAAAUUCAAAUUGGAAAUCUCACUCCUUUUGAGUCCAUUUAUAACAAUUUGGUGCCGUGACUCGGAUGGGGACUUGAGUUGGAUAAGUUGUUCCAGAGAGGGGGGGCGCCCCACCCAACAUAACUGGGUGGCCCCUCUGGACGACCUCCACCACCCUCACCGACGAACCCAAACUAUACUCAUAAGCAAAAGGGAGACACCGGUGAACCCCUUAAUCUUCUGUGCACAGAGUCCGGACGAAGACGCAGGACGCGUACAACCAGGGGACUGGGUGUUGAUCCGAAGCUGGAAAGAAAACCCUUUGAUACCAAGGAAGGACCUUACCAAGUACUCAUCACAACAGAUGCAGCAGUCCGAACUGUUGAGAAAGGAUGGACUCACGCUAGUCGUAUCAAGGGACCAGUGAAACCCCCGGACAACUGGAAAGUUUGCAGUGCCCCCGGGGAGACCACAAUCAAAUUAAAACGGACUACAUGAUCUGGACGAUAAUCUGGGUAGGAGACAAUCAGUAUCUCCAAAAACAACUAACAGGAGAUAGGGAAGCAUUAGGAUAUUGUAAGAAACUAGAAGACGAGCUAGGAAAACCCUAUUUUAAGUCCCCUCGUUUGGAGCACAAGAGACACACAUGGGACGGUGAUAAAGCCAAAUGCAGAGACAUAAGACUAAAAUGUAAUUGGUUAGAUUGUGAUUGUUACCCAUUUGUAUGCUUUUCUUGUAAGUUGUGUCACGAACCGUGGUGGACUCAUUAUCGGAAGGGACGGGUUCCUACAGCCAUUUGUGGCCCAUGCUAUGAGAAGGAAAGGAAAUUAACUUCUAUGAUCCUCAGUCACAGAGUAAAUUCAGGGGAGGUAAAACUUGGGUCAGAUCAGUGGUGGGAGAUCUUUUCGAAGGGAAUAAACCCCGAACGGUUCUGUUAUCACUCCAAUGAACCGGCUCCUUUCAUCCUCGACAUUCUGGAAGUGGUGUGUAGAAGAAGAGUCCACACCUUACGGUGUGAUAUCCCACAAAUAAAAGCCAAUAACCGGGCUGUUAGCACAAAAAAAGUGGGAACGAGACCAUUAUCCGGCUCCUGAAGAAUACCCCUGCUGCCGAGAAGAUGGUCACCCUUGAGACUCGCUGCAACCGAGUCGUCGAGCGAGGCAGAGGGGGAAUAGACCGUGGAGACAAUCGGAAGUCUCGACCCCUUUGUGGAAAGUUCAAGAAAUGCUGGCAGUCCUACCGCAAGACUGGUGAGUCACCACUGAGUGGAAGGGAACAGGGGAGAGAAAGACAACAAAAAUUAAUUUAUGGGUCCUAUUCCAACCAUGUGGGCCACCCGGUUUGGACAAAACUAAUACUGAUGUAUGUAAUGAUUAGAAUAUCCUAUGCUCAGACACAUGAACCUUUUAUGUGGUCCUUAAUUAGAUGGGAGGAUCAGAGGGUUUUGAAAACACAGAUCACUUCUGGGAAGCCUAGCUUUUUGUGUACAUUGUGUGACCUUAUACCUGUAACACCAUGCCUGAAUCAAUAUCAAUAUUACUUUUGCCCAAGCUCAAAUCCUGGAAAAGGUUAUUGUAAUUAUCCUGGACAUUAUUAUUGUGCUUACUGGGGUUGUGAAACUGUUUCUUCAGGAUGGGGUAGUAAUGACAGGUUUAUCACCACUGGGUGGGGACCUUUUGGGUGUACACAACCAAAACCGCACGCACAGGCCGGCGGAACUGAGGGAGGUAACUGUGACCACAUUUACAUCAACAUAACCAACCCCGAUGAUUCUAUGUGGUUACUAGGGAAAAUGUGGGGGGCUAGACUCUUCGAACCAGGAGUAGACAGAGGGGGACAUUUUCUGAUAAAGAAAAGUCCUCUACCCAAUGACCCAGAACCUGUGGGACCGAAUCUGGUGAUAACAGAAGAGAUAGUUGAAAAGCAGAAAAAUGAUUCAGUAAAGAAUAAUGGAGAUUCCUCCAGCAUUGGUGUAAAUUUCACACUUCCAACCCCUACAUUUAGCUCAACAGAAACGGGGGAUGACAAUUUAUGGAAAAUUUUACAAGCCACGUUUAAAGUAUUAAAUGAGACCCACCCAAAUUUAACAUCAGACUGUUGGCUAUGCUAUACACUCAAACCCCCCUUUUAUGAGGCAAUAGGAAUCACGGCAAAGGCUAAGAGAGUAAAUGGCACCAACCCUGCGAGAUGCCUGUGGAGGAAGGAGAAAGAUAUUCAGAGAGGAAUAACUCUAGCGAAAGUCACAGGGAAGGGGAGAUGUAUAGGACAAGUACCCCCAGAAAAAAGCCACCUGUGUGCCGAGUAUGGGAAACUUAGAGAUCAAAUGAACCCUGCACAAUGGCUACUCCCAGCAACAAACACAAAAUGGGUUUGCAAUACUUUAGGAGUUACUCCUUGUAUAAAUAUAGAAGAAUUUAAUGGAACUAGUGAAUUCUGUGUUCAGGUGUUAAUUGUGCCCAGGAUACUUUACCACUCUUCUGAUUACGUUUAUGAUCAAUAUCAGGAUUUGGAGCAUCACUUAGUCAAAAGAGAAAUUUUCACCACUUUCACGGUAGCCAUGUUAUUGGGAAUAGGAGCAGAGGGAAUGGGAACAGGGGUAGCCUCAUUAGUACAGCAACAUAAAGGGUUCCAGGAACUUAGAAUAUCUGUAGACGAAGAUUUAAGGAGAAUUGAAGAAUCCAUAAGAGAUCUCACAGAAUCCUUAGAUUCCCUGGCAGAAGUAGCAUUACAAAACAGGCGAGGACUAAACCUUCUAUUGUUACAACAAGGGGGGCUAUGCACGGCCUUACGAGAGGAAUGUUGCUCCUAUGUCAACAAGAGUGGGGUCAUCCGAGACUCCAUGGCAAAGCUUAGGGAGGGGUUAGAACAGAGAAAAAAGGACAGAGAAGCUCAACAGAGCUGGUAUGAAACUUGGUUUAAUUACUCCCCCUGGCUUACCACUUUGCUGUCGACUAUUGCAGGACCAGUAAUACUCUUAAUGUUGGGACUUACGUUUGGACCUUGCAUUCUUAAUAAGAUAGUGAAUAUUGUUAAAGGGAGACUGGAGGCAGCUCACCUUAUGGUGAUGCGCUCGGAAUACGAAGCUUUGCGGGGAACCGAUAGAGAGGAACACUUGGAACUAAGUCGAUACGAAUUAGCCAGAUUUGACGAACAAGAGGAUAAAAGAAAAAGGGGGGAUUGAAACAGAAAAAACCUCUUGUUCAUUACACAAAAAACCUCAGGAAUAUAGGAUGUGGUUAAUCAUUGGUUUAACUUGCCUAGCUUGCACAACUUGCUUGCACAACUUGUUUAGCUUGCACAAGCGCGUGGUAAUCAUAAGAUCUUAGCACACUUUAUAGGGGAAGAGCCAGGGCUCUCCUACCAAAUUUGGAAUUACGUCAAAAGACGUAGCCGAGGAAGACUACCAAGAUCUUCAUCCUUGACCACCAGGAGGCAGAAGACCACCCCCUAGCAACAACAGACACAAGCGCAGAGUACUUCAAAGUGACAUGUCAGUCCGGAAGCACAAGGGACUUCAAAGGGGGUCACUGGGGGAUGAGGGCGCGGCAGUUGGUGGAGCGGAAACUCCCCUGUCGCCCAGCGCUGAAUCUUUUGCUUAUGCUGUAUGCAAUGAAUUAAUAAAUUCAAAUUGGAAAUCUCA